AUGGAAACUGGCGAAGCCAAUUUAGAACUCAUCAAAAAGCCAGUCUUGACUCAUGCAAACAUUCGAGGACUAAACGCGUCUCUGAGAAAAGAGAAUUUCAAAUACAUUCCCGGAUCGCGAGAACUCUACAACAUCAAAUACGACCCUGAAGAGAAAAAUAAUCUUAUUGACAACGAAGGCACGCAAGAUUUUGUUGCCUACCUGGACGACUACUUGAGCGAUUAUCUUGACCACUUGGAAAAGCGAGAAAUCGCAACAAGAAAGGGCGCUGAGAAGGAGUCCUGUUAUCCCCAAUUUGUUCGUUUCAACCAGUGGGCUAUUUAA